AUGGAGUCACCAGCCAGCAGAUUUCUCAAUCUUUCCGCCAUGAUUUUCCCCGUGCUCUUGCUUUUUCUCAGAGCGUCGGUGGCAGGCAUCGCAUCUGACACGCUCAACAACGGUGGCAACAUCACCGACGGCGAGACGUUGGUCUCAUCCGGCAGCUCCUUCACCCUGGGCUUCUUCUCCCCGGCCGGCGUGCCAGCCAAGAGAUACCUUGGCAUCUGGUUCACGGCGUCCCCGGAUGCCGUCUGUUGGGUGGCCAACCGUGACACCCCCAUCAGCAACACCUCAGGAGUAGGAGUACUGGUGGUCGGCAGCACCGGGAGCCUUCGCCUUCUCGACGGAUCUGGCCAGACCGCGUGGUCGUCCAACACGACGAGUUCCGCUCCCGCCGUGGCGCAGCUGCUUGAGUCCGGCAACCUCGUCGUGCGCGAGCAGAGCAGCGAGAAAAUGCUCUGGCAGUCGUUCGAUCACCCGUCGAACACCUUGCUCGCCGGCAUGAGACUCGGCAAGGACCCGCAGACCGGCGCGGAGUGGUUCCUCACGUCGUGGCGCGCGCCGAACGACCCGACGACCGGGGACUGCCGGCGUGUGAUGGACACCAGGGGCCUCCCGGACUGCGUCUCCUGGCAAGGCAACACCAAGCAGUACCGAACGGGCCCCUGGAACGGGCUGUGGUUCAGCGGCGUCCCGGAGAUGGCGUCGUACUCGGAGCUGUUCUCCAACCAGGUCGUCGUCCGCCCCGACGAGAUCGCGUACAUCUUCAACACCACGGCCGACGCGCCCUUCUCCCGCCUCGUGCUGGAACGAGGUCGGCGUGAUGCACCGGCUGGCAUGGGACCCCGCCAGCCGGGUGUGGAACACCUUCGCUCAGGCGCCGAGGGACGUCUGCGACGACUACGCCAUGUGCGCUGCGUCGUGGGCUUCAGCCCCGUCAACCCCUCGCAGUGGUCCAUGAGGGAGUCCGGAGGUGGAUGCCGGAGGAACGUGCCGCUGGAGUGCGGCAACGGGACGACGACGGACGGGUUCAGGGUGGUGCGGGGAGUGAAACUCCCCGACACUGACAACACGACGGUGGACAUGGGCGCGACGCUGGAGCAGUGCAGGGCGAGGUGUCUCGCCAACUGCUCGUGCGUGGCCUAUGCCGCCGCCGACAUCCGAGGAGGCGGUGAUGGCACUGGCUGCGUCAUGUGGAAGGAUAACAUUGUUGAUGUCCGGUACGUAGACAAGGGGCAGGAUCUCUACCUGAGGUUGGCCAAGUCUGAAUUAGCUAACAGGAAGAGAACGGAUGUGGUAAAAAUCGUGCUUCCGGUUACGGCAUCUCUGCUUGCACUUGUGGCUGUUGCCCUGUACCUUGUUUGGAUAUGCAAACUGAGAGGCCGACGUCGAAACAAGGAUGUCCAGAAGAAAGCGAUGGUUGGAUACUUGACCACGUCACAUGAACUUGGUGAUGAAAAUCUAGAACUUCCAUUUGUUAGCUUUGAAGAUAUUGUUACUGCAACAGAUAACUUCUCUGAAGACAAUAUGCUUGGUCAAGGUGGAUUUGGGAAGGUUUACAAGGGUAUGCUGGGCGAGAAGAAAGAAGUUGCAAUCAAAAGGCUCGGUCAGGGUUCUGGGCAAGGUGCAGACGAAUUCAGAAAUGAAGUAGUUCUUAUUGCUAAAUUGCAGCACAGAAACCUCGUCAGACUUCUUGGUUGGUGCAUUUGGGGAGAUGAGAAAUUGCUGGCAUGGAGCUUAUGGAACGAAGGAAAGGCAAUGGAUUUGGUGGACUCAUCCCUUGUCAAGAGUUGUUUACCAAAUGAAGCCUUCAGGUGUAUCCAAAUAGGACUCUUGUGUGUGCAAGACAAUCCAAAUAGCAGGCCACUCAUGUCAUCUGUGGUGUUCAUGUUGGAGAAUGAAACUACAGCACUUUCAGUUCCAAAACAGCCUGUAUUUUUUUCACAAAGGUAUUCUGAAGCCCAGGAAACAGGAGAAAACACUAGUAGCUCUACGAAUAACAUGAGCAUGACAGUGUUAUUAGAGGGACGCUAG